CCCUGGAUAGUUUUUUACGUUGUGUAAAAUUACAAUUGCGGACAUUUUUUUAAUGUCACCGUAUAAGUCGAGGUGCACUACGUCAUAUUGCCUAAUAAGGGGUCGGGGUUUUCCCCAUAGUGUCGGCGUCACGCGGUACCCCUGCUGACGUCACCAGCUCACGUGAUCGCCAUGGAGCAGGAGUGCGCCUUCCCUGACGUCACAUUGGCUGACCAGACGACCCUCGAGCAGCAGCGUGCGCUCAACGCCCACCCCGGAAAUGACGAAAGCAGCAAUCACGGGAAAGACACCUUCGUGAUUCUGCAGCCGAGAAGUACUCGAUACCAGCUAUCCCGUAAACAUAUCGUCAUCGUUAUCGUCAUCGUCCUCCUCAUACUCAUCGCAGCGGUACUCGCCGCUAUCUUCAUCACUAGAGCUAUGGACUCGACCUCGUGCCAUCAAUGUGACUCCACACGGACGUCCCAGGCGCAGGGUUUGGUCACUGACAACUUAGAAUCGAUAUCAUCAAAAACAGGAGACCACCGGGUCGAUCCGGGAAAAAUUCGACCUACCUCACCCGGCGCAAGCGACGGGUAUGGAUACCCUUGGUCGAAUAUCCGACUACCUCGCUCAUUAAUACCUUCAUUUUACGAAAUUCAGCUCAAAGUGGAUUUGACUAAAUUCAUUUUUGAAGGCUCAGUAAAUAUUUCACUCAAGGUAAACACCAGCACAAAGUACAUAGUGUUUCACAGAAGUGUUAUCGAUAUCGACGACUCGUCGCUUCUCGUCCGCUCUCGAUACUCGCCUCCUCGACGUAUCGUGCAGCAGUUCCAGGUCCCAGACCGCCAGUUCCACGUCAUCGAGGUGGAUCAGGAGCUGGAGAUGUCCACCACCUACACGCUGACCAUUGGCCACUUCUCGGGCAAGCUCAUCACCAACCUGCGGGGCCUGUACAAGAGCUCUUACACCACCAUGGAUGGACAGACCAAGUACCUGGCCUCGUCCCAGCUGCAGGCGACAGACGCACGGCGGGUGUUCCCGUGUUUUGAUGAGCCAGACAUGAAGGCCAGAUUCAAAGUCUCUAUCAUACACCAGUCGUUUUACAUUGUCUCUUACCUCUAGGGCAUGGCUGUUCUGCGCAUGCUCAUGGGUUUUGCCGGCAUCGAGAACUUCCGGGACGGCCUUCGCCUGUACGUGAGCAGAUACAAGUACAGUAAUGCGGACAUGGCGCAGUUGUGGAGCACGUUUACUGAGGUUAUACCCAAGCCUUCUUCCGGCUGGUUGCUAGGCAACCAUGAAUACGUUGGAUUCUACCGAGUCAUGUAUGAAAAGGAGAUGUGGGCCCUGUUAGCUGAGCAGUUGGUUGGGGAUCAUACCGUGUUCCCUGAGGCUAACAGGGCUGGUCUUGUCGGAGACGCUUUCAUUUUUGCGCGAGCUGACCUGCUGGACUAUGACAUUGCCCUUAACCUGACACGGUACUUGAAGAAAGAACAGAGUUAUAUCCCCUGGCAAGCCUUUCUCCAUUCCAUUGAGUUUCUGCGGGGUAUGAUAUCUAACAAGGCCGCAUAUGUUCAGCUUCAGGUGGAGUAGGCAAUGACAUUGGUUACCCCCGCUGACCCGAGAGAGGCUCAUGUCAGAGCAAAUAUUGGGUGGAUGAAGGCCAACUACAACAAGAUCACUGAUUGGCUGUCUAAAAAUAAACCAUGAAGGUUGAGAAGUAUCCAUUGGGUUCAAGCUGUGACGUCACAUCAGAGUGAGGCGACUACAUUGAAAGAACAAUGGAGGUGGUGGUGGUAAAGGGAGAUGGAGAGAGAAGAACAUACUAAGGACGAUGAAAAUAAGGAGGAAUGGAAGGAAGGGGGGAGGUAGAGGAGGAGAAAGUGAAGUAAGAGAGGAGGAGACUAAAGAAGAAACUGGGUUA